CGGAGCUGUGCGGGUAGCUUGAGGAGCGAGGGGUUCUUUGGAUCCAUCUCCUCUCUGCCUCAGCUAGGUAGCCUUUCUGAUUAUUCUGUCCAGGAUGUUCAGAGAAACAACAGCCUUGGCCUGUCAUGCACCAAAAGGACAAAAUAGGCUCAGCUUUGUGAAAGUUGAAGAAAAUUGUGUUUGGAAGCAGGACUUCAGUCUUCAGGGAAACCUCCAGAACCAGGAGGUUUUCCGUCAGCAGUUCAGACAGUUUGGGUACUCUGACUUCACUGGACCCCGGGAGGUUCUGAACCAACUGCAGAAGCUUUGCCAACAGUGGCUGAAGCCAGAGGAGCACUCCAAGGAGCAGAUUCUAGAGCUGCUGGUGCUGGAGCAGUUCAUGACCAUUUUGCCUAUGGAGCUGAAGGCCUGGGUGCAAGACCACAGGCCCAGAAAUGGAGAGGAGGCUGUGACUCUGCUGGAGGAGCUGGAGAGAGAAUUUGAUGAACACAAGCAACAGGACACAGCUCAUGGUCAAGAAAUGGUCUACAACGAAAGGACACUCAUGGAAACAUCGAAGUCUCUGAAUAGUCCACUGCAGUCCUUGGAGAACCAUUGCAAGAGUGAACCCCAGGAGCCUGAGAUUUUCCAUGAGAGAGAUGAGGCAACCCUACCAUUUAGGGUUGAGGAUGAAGAUAGCAAGAUGGUGACUGGGAAAAUAUUGACAGCAAAGCAAGAAAUUAUUGAAUGUGUUGCAUCAGUGGCCAUGGCAUCUCCAGGAAGACUUCCUAGAGAAACUUCUCCAGUACAGAUAGUUGAAGAAAAUAUGGGAUAUCUGGACAACAAUGAGAAGCAAAGAGGAAGCAAUGAUACAAGCAAUAAAACGAGUCAGCUUUCUUCUCAGGGAGGCUGUCUCAGUUUGGCAGCCUUUAACAAGAAAACUUCAGAACAGAACAUCUUUGAGUGUAAUGAAGGUGAAGGGAUCCUUAGUCAAAACUUACAUGGUACUACACAGCCCAGAACUCACACAGGGAAACUGCUCUAUGCCUGUGUGGAUUGUGGGAAAGCUUUUUGCAAUAGAUCAAAGCUGAUUAGACAUCAGAGAAGUCAUACUGGAGAGAGACCUUAUGCGUGUAAAGAGUGUGGAAAGGCCUUUGGUUUCAGAGCAGACCUUGUUAGACAUCAGAGAAUUCACAGUGGUGAAAAACCCUAUAAAUGUUGUGACUGUGGAAAAGCUUUUGGGAGUAACACAGGGCUCAUUAGGCAUAGGAGAAUUCAUACUGGAGAGAAACCUUAUGGUUGUGAUGAAUGUGGGAGAGCCUUCAGCCAGUGUUCUACUCUUAUUCAGCAUAAAAAGAUUCACAGUGGAGAAAAACCUUAUAGGUGUGAUGAAUGUGGGAAAGCCUUCAUCCAGAGCUCUGCCCUUAUUCAGCAUAAGAAGAUUCACAGUGGAGACAAAGGCUAUGAAUGUACUGAAUGUGGUAAGGCUUUUUGGACAAGUUAUGUUCUUAGGGAACACCAAAGGAUCCACACUGGUGAAAAGCCUUAUAAAUGUAAUGAGUGUGGAAAAUCCUUUAAUAGAAGUUCAGCACUCACUGUGCACAAGAGAACUCACUCUGGGGAGAAACCUUAUGAAUGUAAUGAAUGUAGGAAAAUAUUUAGACAUAGGUCAGGCCUUGUGCAGCAUCAGAGAACACAUACCAGAGUUCAACUCUGAGGGUAAGUAGUUGUACAACUGUAAAAUGCAAAGAAUUCACUUUGAAGGUGAGACUUCACAGAAGAUAGAGAAGUUUCCUGAUAGCAGGACUUUGGUCAUUCCAGCCCAGUUCUGUUCGGUAAAAAGAGAUCCACACAAAAUGCUUGCAUAUUGAAAGAAUUUUAUCCAGAACUUGUCUACAAAGAAUGGUAUUUUCUAAGGGAGGAAAAAGAUUGACCCAUUUCUGGAUGAGGACUCUCACCAAUCAGCUCUUCAUCCCACUCUCCACUGCAGAUAGAACUGCCGUUGAACACCUUCAUGUAAGGCCAUGAUUGAGGCACAGAUCCUGUAAGAUCUCUUUACAAGAUCUGUCUAAAGCAUUUGUGCCUGACAGGAGAAAGUUACUGAACGCUGAAAUGUUGAAUUGAGACUAUGAAAUGUUAUGUCCUGGAUCAGUUCAAUAUCUGAGGAAUGGAAGAUCAUUCUGUACCCCUGCUAGUUGCUUUCAACCCUGAGCUUUCUGUUGCAGUCUACUUCCUUAUUUGCAAUUCUGCUGGGCUUGACCAUUGGAAGAACAGGUUUGGUCACCACCCUCUCUAAAUUAAGGGCUAGCAGAAUAUACAUAUUUAUUAAAACAAUUAUUUCGGUAAGUGUGUGGCAAUAACUAUGGUUCUGUUGGAAGACGUAUCAGGGAUGUUAUCUAUGAGUUACUAAAUAUUUCUUGGAUGUGACAUUGAGAUCUAAAAUGUAGAAGCAGCAGCUUGGCUAAUGGCAGAACAGAGGCAUAGGUCAUAGCAAUACAUGGCACGAUGAGGAAAGGAUAUGGAGACAUUCCUGUAUCGUGACUUCACUCCAGUUCCUUCUGGAGUUGUUUUUGACCCUAGUUCAGAAGCCAGGUUGGUUUCUUUUCCUGUUGUAAUAGCCUGAGUUGGAUAAUGUAAAAUGUUUCAUAUCAUAAGUGACCUACAUGAUGCAGUAUUCAGAAUUAGCAUGAUAAAAAAUAAAACUGGU